GACGGAAGUGACGGGGCCACGCCCACUUCCUUGCCUAACCCUGCCCACCCUACUUUGCCCUACGGCGGGGCUCCACAGUGGCUUUAUCACAGGCCACCUGCCUCCUCUACGGGGCUGCGCGGCCCCAGACCUACUGACGGGCUCCUGAGACACUCAGGGAAGUAAAACAAAUUGUAUUUCGCACCUAUGAGCGGAGAUUCCCACCGUCCAACGGGAGCGCCCUGGGAAGGGGGCGGGCCGCCAGCAGCAGGCGGUAGGCGCAUGCGUCACACUUCCAGCCCCGCCCCCGACUGCGCUUUCUAAAUACGUCCUUCCGCCCCCUUCCUUCUUUCUCUCCUUUUCUCCGCCAUCGUGGUGGCGGACUGACUUGUCUUCGCCAUGUCUUCCCACAAGACUUUUAGAAUCAAGCGCUUCCUGGCUAAGAAGCAAAAGCAGAACCGUCCUAUUCCUCAGUGGAUUCGGAUGAAAACUGGUAAUAAGAUCAGGUACAACUCCAAGAGGAGACACUGGAGAAGAACAAAGCUGGGUCUAUAAGGAUUCCUCUCUAAGAUGCGCACAUGUUUAUGCUGGGCUAGACUGCUAGGAUUCUGAGCGGAGCUCUGUCUUGCACACUUGAUUAGGACCCCACUCAGCCUUGUAUCUCUUCCUGUUACCUGACUUAGUAAUAAUAAAUAUGUGAGCUAUUUGAA